AUGAAUGCAAAAAUAAAAAUUCUUAAAUAUUUAGAAAUUACUAAUAAUUGUUGCUCAUCUUUGCAAUAUAUUUCUAAACUUUUAAAUAUUUUAGAUAUCUUUGAUUUUGAAACCGUUAAGAAUUUUUACUUAACAUACAAGGAUAGAAAAAAAGAUAUUAAAAUAAAUAAUAAGUUGAGCGUAAGCAUAAACUACAUUUUAACAAGAAACUUUGAAUUUUUAGAGAAAAUAGAUGAUAGUUUUUUUAUACAUCUUCUUAUUGAUAACGAGGAAUAUUUCGAACUCUCGGAUACGUUAGAACUAAGACUUAUUGAAAUUAUAAAUAAAAGUUCUGUUUUGGAUAUAAAGUUAUAUAAGUAUAUAACCAAGUAUCAUAAUAAUCUUAUUUUGACAGAAACAAGUGCGAAAUAUAUAUUUGAUGUAUCUAAACUGAUGAGCUACACAAAAAAUGAUAUAAAAGUUAUAAGACAAAUAUUAUUAAAAAAUCGCGAAACUAAGACGAAAGAAGAAAUUACAAAAUAUAUUAAAACACAAGGAUGUAUUAAUAACAUAAUCUUGUAUAAUUGCUUUAUUUUACAAAUUUAUAAUGUUUCAUAUAUUAGCAACAUAGACCUAGCUACAGUAAAAAAAAUAAUCUGCUACAGCCACUUUAUAGAACAUAUUAAUAAAUCAAGAAUAUUACAAAGAUAUUUUGUAAGUUUAAGAGAUUUAGACUGCAUGUUAAAAUAUCCUGAAUAUGCUAUUAUUGAUGAUUUAAUAAAAUAUUGCAAUGAUAAAAGCGAGGAAAAAAUAUCGUCUUGUUUAGAUGGAUUACAAGAUACUAAUGUAAAAAAUAAUUUGCACAAUGAUCAAAAUAAACAUACACAGGUUGAUUUUCCCAUACAAGAAAUACUUGUGAUGUAUUUAAUUAACAAAAAACAUACAACUAUUUGUGACAUACAACAAAUUAUAAAUAAAUUGGGCCUAGAAAAUAAAUUAUUGAUAGAAUUUUUUAAAAUUAAAGGUUAUGAUUUGCAGGAAAUAGAUCCUAAACGUAUAAAAUUAAAUGAUCAUGAUAAUUCUGAAAAUGAUAAAUUAAAAAAAAGCACAUCUAUUGUCGAUAGAGUAAAUGCACGUGUGUUGUCUCUACAAAAAAUUAAAGAUUCUUAUCCGAUACAUAAUAAUAUAGAAAUUAGUUUGUUAGCUGAUGCACAUGACGAUAUAUUGUUUGAUAAAAAUCGUUUUUUUAUGAACAUAGAUAUGUACUUAAAAAGAAUACACAAUAAAGAAUUUUCUUCUGAUGAAGUUUGCAAUUUAAUAGAUUUAAUUUUUGAAAUUUUAGAUUUUAAACGUACAUGUAAUUUAGUAUUAGAUAUACUAAAGAGUUAUAGGGCAUCAGUUAUAGAAAAAAUUCAAAUAAAUUUACUUAAAGUACUUGAUGAUGGUUUUUUUGAAGUAGAAUAUUUUGAGAAUAUAAGAAAUUUAUAUAACAAAUUAUUAGUAUUAAGUAAUACAUCAAAGACAAAAAAGAACAAUGAUACAAUUUUAAUAAAAUUGUCUAAAUAUUGUAACUUUUUUGAUAAAGAAAUUCAUAUUGGAAAUAUCAAAAAAUAA